UUGGAACAUAAGUCAGCAAAGAUCAUAAACUGAUUCCAAUUUUGGGUAUCAUUUAGACAAGUCGUGACUAAUAUAAAUCGUGUUAUGAAAUUUUCCCGAAUGCAUGGAAAACUUCAACUGAUUAUAAGCAAAGAAUGCCGUAGUUAUAGCAUGAACAGUCGACUCAAACAUUCAGUCACAAGUGCGAAGCUGAGGAGGUUUGUUCCGAAACGUCAGUCACUGUCAGGAAUCUUGAAUCAACGAACCCGGUACAUCUUGUAGCAAAAGAGAGUUAUCUAGAUACGGUUUUUGUCCAUAUAUAAGCAAAGCACCAUGACGACACUUCUAGUCGUUUUACUUGGCCUAUGCACGUUUGUUGUUAGUGGUGAUGUCUUCAGAGACGUCAUUCGGUUUCAAGGUUUCCCCUUGAAGGAGAAAGAAAGCGAAUCCGCCAAACUAUUGCCUAAAAAAUUCUUCAUCCGCAACAAUUUGAAGGGAGACGUAGAGUUUCGCGAAAGCAAGAAUAUGAGUGUCGAAGUCUUUCUUUCUGGUCGAAAAGAGGACAGAAAGAGAUUCAGAGUCCAUUACCAAAUGUUAAACAAUGAAAGCGUAGUGGACUUACAAGUGUUUUUAGAGCCGGAACCUCCAAACUGGCCGCUGAUAGGUGGGCUCGCGGGCGCAGGUUUAUUCCUCUUCGUACUUGUCAUUACUGUCUUGUGUGUUGUUUACAAACGACACAAAGAGAGGAAAAUUAAAGAGGAAAUGUUAGACCAGGAAAAGUUCGAGAAAGGGAAAAAUGUCCUAGAGAAGCGUCGCUGGUGGAUGGGAUCCAGGAGAAGGCGCACUACAACAUCAGGUUCUACUGUAGACGAGAAGAAAAAAGCUCGACAAAAUAUCCAACUAGAGCUUGAAAAUGUCCUAGAUGGAGAGGAUAAAGUGAAAGAGAAACUUCGCUGGUGGAGGGGAUCCAAGAGAAGGCGCAUUACAACAUCAGGCUCUACAGCAGACGAGAAGAAAAAAGCCCAAGAAAAAAUCAAACUGGAACUUGAAAAUAUCCGAGGCAGAGAGAAUAAAGUGAAAGACGAAGCAAACGUGUUUGAAGUAAGAAAGGAAGGAUCUGGAUUAGAAAAAAUCAAAACAUCGCCAGAUAACGGAGGUUCUGGAUCUGAAAAUAUUAACACAUCGCCAGACAAAGGAGGUUCUGGAUCUGAAAAUAUCAAAACAUCGCCAGACAACGGAGGUUCUGGAUCUGAAAAUAUCAAAACAWCGCCAGACAACAAGGGUUCUGGAUCUGAAAGUAUUAAAACAUCGCCAGAAAAGAAAGUAAGCAAACCAAACGCUUUUCUGAAUACUUCACUCGUCUUGAUGUCAAUCAUCGCCGUCACUAUGGCMACCCAGCUCGUAACCCCGCAGGCUCGUAUCGUGAUUCGUGUUCCCUCAAGUAUGGUCGUGUCAAACUCAAGUAUAUUUUUUAACGAGAGAUACCAGGGAAGAUUGAUUGUAUCUAGUGACUGGAAAGGAGAUGUUAAAGUCUUCAAACAAUUUGCUGUUUCCCAGGCCUUUUCUGCCGUCGCGGCACUGGCUUCAUGCUCAAAUAGAUGCGAGUAUGCGUGUGAUCCUCUGACAAAGUCGUGUAUUUGUUAUAGAGGUUACAAAAUGGCGGCAAAGAAAUGUGAAGACAUCGAUGAAUGUGCUAUUGGUCUCCAUAGCUGUCACACGAAGUCCACGUGUAAAAACACGAUAGGUUCGUAUCGCUGCACGUGCCCAGAAGGAAUGUGGGGAGAUGGAGUCACGUGUAAAAAGUGCACAACAACCAGAACUCCAUGUCCAGAAAACUUUUACCAGUCUUCAAAGUGUACAAGAACAAGAGAUCGCAUAUGUAAAGCUUGCAGCCCCAAAUGUGAAAAGACAACGUAUCAGCAGUAUGGGUGUGGUUUAUCGUUUGACAGAAAGUGUGUUGAUAUUUCCAGACCUUUAUCGAGAGCAAAGAGAAAUAUCACGGACAUUAUUAAAAUUCGUUCAGGAGCAAAAGUUAUAAUUCCGACAACAAUUCUCAUGGAGAACCGUCUGCAUGUUCAAAGCACUAACGCAUCAUUUAUCGCUAAAGAAGACCGUUCAUUCAACUUUACCCUCCAUCGCAAUUCAGGUUUCCUUGUUGAUGUUGAAGUUUUCGAUACCCACUUAACUCCAAUGUAUAAGGACUACGAUGGUAGAAGGGGAAGCAAUAACCCAAAUAUUACACUCAAGACAGGUUUCAACGAAAUGAGAAGUCAAUACUGUCGCCAUCCAGCUCCGGACUACUACGAACUGGCACACAAGCUACACCGGGAACGCCAGACAUUGGUUGAGAGUGCCACGUGUAAGCAGACAAACAUUAAUCUAUGCCCAGAGAAUACUGAAGUCGGAGAAAAAUAUCAUUACAGAGUCAUAAAUGAGCCCUGUCGGCUGGCAACCACGGAUAAAGUUUGUAAAAACUCGUUGGAAUGCGAUUUGCAGGAGUCAAGCGAUACGCUCUAUUGCACACGUUACGUUUCGAUUCUAGGAGACCUCUUUGAUGUUGCAGAAGAAACCUUUAUGGAAACUCCAGUUUAUGUUUUUGAUUCUAAGGCUUGUAAAGCUGCAUUUUUAUCAUGCUACCAGUGUAGGAAUAACAACUGUGGAAAAUGUGCUCGAGAAAGCAGAAAAAAUCGAUGUUCCUGCUGCUAUAUAGACUGUCUACAACCUUGUGAUUAUUUCUACGCACUUAAUUGUUCUGCGAAACGUCUACAAAAUGUCUGCGCUAAAGGUGAUGUAAGUGAAUUUAAACUGACACCUAAGUAUUCAGAUAACCUAAAGUUACAAUUCAACUGCUAUCUUGAACAUGAUCCACCGAAARGCCUUUAUACACUACGAUACCGAGUGCGCUACGAAGACGGGACGAUCUUUACGUCAGGCUGGAUAUCAAAAACAGUAAAGCAUCCUCAAUCGAAAAAGUUCCUUGCAAAAGGAAYGAACAUGUUGGACUCGUUACGAGUUUCUUACGAUUCGGAGAAAAUAAGAGAGUACUUCCUGAAAGCUAAACGGAGUAACUUUAAAGAAGAUUUUCGAUACAGCGUUGCGGAGAUGAACACGAAACGGGCUUCCUUUAUACCAAGUACGACAAUUAAGAAGAUUCAGCCACUGAGACCUUUCUCGUUACAAAUAGGUGAUGGUACUUGGAAUAGCAGGGCAACUUGUCGAAAAUUGUCCUAUUGGUCUAGCAUGCUUGGGAAUGAUUUCUCAAAGUUUACRACUCCUCGAAUUCGACACUUAGGAAUGACUAAUGGUGGGGCGUUUGGCUAUGAAGUCGCCGAUCCGGGUUCUCCACCAUCUAUGAGCGUACAAAUCUCCAACGAGGAAUCAAUACUAAAGCAUCUUCAUAAUACUUCAAGUAUCGUUAACGAUGACACAUUUAAGAGUAGCAUACGCCGGAAAGAGAACUCGUGGGUCAUAUCGCUUGAAGGAAAACUCUCCCAUUGUCCAAGUGUUGUUGGUUUGUCCGUCAUUGACGAAUUGGAUGGUGUCAAAGUAAUAGAAAGCGAUCUCCUCAUCUUGUGUCCCAGGAAGAAAUUCGAGGCCGAGGUCGAUAUUCCUCGCCAAGGAAAGGAGGACCGAGAGAGGCUCUUUUCCGUGUUUUUGAGUGACUCUCAACAAGAGUAUAAGCUGCAGGUCGCUUUAGUAGACAAGUUGUCUCGAAAACAAAAGGUCACAUUUCGAAAGACUGAAAAGGAUACAAAAAGAGGACCUUUCAUGAUUCUCAUGCCUUUAUUUGUAACUACUGGUUUUGUUUUACUGGCAUUGAUAGCACUUCUUGUUUAUGCUCAAAAAACAGCGAAAAAACAAUCUAAGAUGGAACUAGCGUCGGCUUCGGGAUGGGUGUGGGUUGAAGACAGCAGAAAAGAAAAAGAUAAAAACAGGCUCAAGCGACGCCAUGUUAUCCUCGUUGUGUUCGUUGUCAUCGUGCGGUUGGUUUAUAGUUUAGUGUUCACGUUCUCCGUGGCCCUUGCCAUUCUUAUUCUUCUACAUGCUGAUAACAUGAAGAUUAUCAACGACUAUCGCAGCUUUGUGCAGCGUAAAGGUCAAGAAAGCAAGUAUAUGUCGCUGCGAAUGGACCAAUUUCGCGAGAAAGAAAUCAAAGCAUCUGUAGAUCAGUCAGCAGAUAUACAACGUGCAUGUGAUCACUCCCUAGGAAUACAACUGAAGUGGCUACAAUACAACAUGAGCUGCACCCUUCAAUCAAACCACAUGAAAAUGUUCAACAAGAUAUCUCAACGGGUAAUAGACAGAGUGACAGACGACGUGGAACAACUUGAGCGACAAGUGAAGGAAARAGUUAGGAGUUUUUCUGAAAGUACGAAGCACAAAAUAAGCAGCUUGAAGCUCAAAGUUGAACAUUAUGGGAGGCGAGUUUAUGACAAUAAGUGGUUUUCAUUGCCAAAAGUGGCUUACAACCUUAGAAAUAAAAGAAAGAAACGGGAAAUUCCGGGGGGGAAAUUGCAAAUAUCAGAACAUCUGCAAGAGUGGCAGAAGCAAAGUAAUUCACAGAUUGAAGGCGCAUUGAAAAUUUUGUCCAGAAAAAGGCGAAGUUUCUCUGGAAGCAAAUUMAUUGGUUUUCUUGACUUCAUCGGCGUUCUUGACCAAAGACAAGUAAUCAGCUUAGAAAAGUCUAUCAAUGAUCGGCUGAAUUCUUUGGAGGAAAGUUUAAAGGGAUUCAAACAAGUGAUGGCCAGUGGGACACCUCCUACGCUUCCACUUUCAACAGCUUUUCUGUGCCCUCUGAGAUACUUGACAAAAGAAGCUAAAAAGGACAUUGAAAGAGGAAUCAAACAAGGACUCGGUGAAAUAUGUGACGCUACUAAGAAUGGAAUACAAAAAGAUAUUCAUUGCUUCAGUUUGAAUAUCAGUAGCUUUUGCGCUGAAAAAGACGGAGACGAUGUUUUGGGGGRCGAUAAAAAGCUUGAUUCUUCGUCCCAGCGAGUGUAUUUUGAAAAGAAAACAGGAAUCGAUUCAACACAAAAUACCUCUUCAGCCAAUAAGUCUUCGAUAAUCAAAUCAUCUGAUGGGCAAUCACAUUAUAAUGUCGAAAAAGGUGAUGCACUAGAGGAACAGAUUGAUAGCCAAAAAGAGGAAUCACUAAAAAGACAAGGCAAGCUCAAAGAACAAAGCAAUGUUUAUAAAAAUGAAGCUUUCAGUUCAGUGAAGCAGACUAUUGUCUACGUUCUUGGGACCAUCGAUGCUUUACUUUUCGUUUUUCGUUGCCUAAAAACAUACCAAAUUGUGAUGAAACUGCUUUACGGCUUUGAAGAGACCAUAGAACACAAUGUCUACGAAUUCCAAUCUCCGACAAAGAAACAAAAAAUCGCUGAUAUUCUUGGCAGAAUUUUUGACAUUUUCGCAAAAGCCUUCACCAAAUUCAUAGCCAUCAUUAAAAACUUGCAGAAAAAAGUCUUUCGUACCAACAUCGUGCCGUUAACUAUCGUUCUAGUCAUCGGGGCAGCAGUAUUUUAUUUGAUUAUUUUUUUAAGCCUUAAUGUAAUGAAUGUAACAGUGAUAGAAGAGCUGGGUGGAUAUCGCUUGAUUUCGGCAAGACUUGAUUCGGAUUUCGAAUUCACUAACGCGGCCAUAGCAGACCAUAUUAAAUACCUCAACGAACAYGACAUGAAACUGUACAAGAAAUCAGUCUCCAAAACAUUACGCCAAUACAAUGACAUGCUAAAGAAUUUCAACAAUGCGCAGACACAGCGUUUCAAGAAGUUCAAUGAACAAAUCUGUUCCAUAAGUAAGGACAAGUGCAUUCCUUUAAUGCCUGACUUCCCAAAGGUUUCGUUCAGUUCUUGUAUCAUUGGUCGUAUUGAGGCGCCCAAGUUCGACGACUACAAGGGCACACAAUAUCGAUACAAGCUGAAAUUCGAAUCUAAGAAAUACGUGGAUGCCGCGAGAAACAUAUUUCUGGAUACCUUAUAUUUCAUUCUUGCUGUUGUCUUGUCGUUUGGUGUUAUCAUUAUAUUCAGUACUAUCGUUUUCUACUUCUUGAAGUCGAGAGAUAUGGUACGAAUUAAAUAUAUACACGUUUAUCCAACGCUACCGCCWGAGAUACUGAAGGAGUAUGGACUAGAAGACAUGAACGACCUGCCCGUGCGGAAUGAAAUGAAAAAUAGUACAGAUAGCAUCAACAGAGUCAAGAUUCCAGAUAAAUUUGUACAGAAUUCGAAAGAAAAUUCAAUGGAACGUCAGAAUAGUUCAAAUAAAUCGUUGGGAUCAAAUACUCUUACUAGAACCUGAUUGGCUAUUGAUGGAAGCUCAAGUACUCACGUGCGCGCAAAUUGUUCUGCUGGAAGGUUGUCAUCAAAAAGGAAGGAAGGGAAAAGGGAUGGGUGGAUUGACGUACGUACGGACCGACGGACGGCAUGAAAAAAAGAGUAAAGCAGUCCUUUAGUUUUGUGAAUUAAUGAAUGAAAAAAUAACUGAAGAAAAGAAAACACGAAAGAGAAAAAAUGUAAAGCAGUCUUUUACUUUUUCUCGAUAAAUGGACAAAUAAAUGAACAAAAAAGAGAAGAAAAAAAGGAAAAUUGAAGAGCAAAACAUGUAAAAACAAAAUCCUUUUCCUUUUGCAUGCGACAUAAAAAAAUAGAAAAACUAGUGACAAAAAGCUACGACGUUUCGAUGACAUCUURUCAUCAUUAUCAAGUAAAGUAAGAGUGAAGAUGACUAUCAAUUGAACACUAUUAUUAUGUUAAUUAUACAGAUUCUCAUUAAUCGCAUAUAGGUAACUGUCCAAUUAUUUUCUUAAUUAAUUAUAAAAUUAAUAGGUAAUGGGAUUUCAUGCUCCCCAAUCAAGAAAUAAUUAGGCCCCGUCCACAUCCCCGUCCGUAUCCGGAAAUCUUUGU